AGAAACCCUCCAUAAGGUGACGCACUUUAAAUUAUGUCCGACAUUCAGGUGGUCAAUACAGAAAAAUUGCCCAAGCACAUCUGGCACGAUGGCGUUAAGUGGCUCUUCGUGCCUAUUAAAAUUAUUCUGGAUAGCCUCAGUGUGUGGGCUGAAAGGCAAAACAAGUUCACGUUAAUUCUGAGUAUCAUUGUUGUUACUAGUUACAUUUACAUCUUAACGGGACAGAUCAGUUUCAUUUUCGACAAGGAAACCGAUCUGACAACCGCCGCCGAUGGUAUCGCCGGGUUAAUUGUUGUAUUAGAGACUAUCAGCCGGAGGGUGAUCAGCACAAUUUUGGCGAAGAAGAUCGCACGCAUCUUGUCGACUAUCUACCAUCAGUUUUGGCCCUCUGAUAUGGUCGGGGACGAAGUGGAUAGGUUGCUAAGGAGAAGAAGCUGGAUCGUGCUCGUUUCGGUUGGGAUCUACACAAUAUCGGCACUUUUCUGGGCCUCCCAGUGCUUGACGGUCCCAUUCCAGGUGCACGCCACUCCGCUUCCGUCCAAAUUCACAUUCCCCUACUUACAAAGUCCGUUUUACGAGAUGGUGUACGUAUGGCAGGGCGCUUUGAGCGCCGAACUCGCCGUUAACAUAUGCGCUUUCGACCUGUUUUUUGUUAGUCUGAUUUGGACGUGCGUAGCUCAAUUUCGCCUCCUGAGGGAGUACUUGAAGAGGAACUUCGCGAGGGUGGCUCGAAGCGGAUUCAACCGCACCGAAGACAAUACGGAGGCAUGGAAUGUUGUUUUAAAGUGCAUCAAGCAUCACCACCUGUUAAUUGAAACGGCCAAAAAUUUAGAGAAUAUGCUGACGGUCUUCAUCCUAAUGCUGUAUAUUGGUACAAUUGGUACCGUCUGCUUAUCAGGGUUUCUGCUGACCAUCGUUCGAACGGAAAUUGGGCGACCAUUGACUUACUUUUGUGGUCAUAUGGGGCAAAUCUUUAUGUACUGCUUUAUUGGAAACGAGCUUAUACUGGAAAGCAUGGCGUUUUCGGAUACAGUUUAUGAAUGUGGAUGGCAUCUGGGCGCAUAUGAGAGGCGAGUACAAAAGUCCCUCGUAUUAAUUAUGGCCAGAGCUCAACGCCCCAUUACGAUCACUCUCGGUGGAUUCGGCGUGCUAAGUCUAUCCAGCUACAUGAAGCUGCUGAAGUUCUGCUUCUCCGUGUAUACGCUGCUUAACUCGAUGAUGGCGAAGCAAAGGAACUGAUAUCUUAAACUUUAUUUAACUACCUCUUAUUUCACGUGAGAGAUACAUGUAAACAAAUUUUCUUAUAGUUGAACAGAUAAACUUUUCACAACCUAUGAAGAUAUGGCAACAAAAUUUUAAUAAUAAAUAGAACUAGGGAAGAUUGCAAGGAUUAUACGAAACUAUACCGAAUACACUUUUACAACAUGUUUUUUAUACACUCAACAAUUGCAAUGUUUAUAACGAACAAUACAUUCUAUAGAUCAAGAAACAUAACAUAUCACAUGUCAAAUGCGCAGUAUUUCAAUGUAAUAAAGAAAUGUAGCAGCAAUAAACCUCUAUGCACCACUAUUGCUUUAAAUAUCACAAUCAACCCGACUUUUUUU